AACCGCGUUAAGAGCAUUACAUACCGGGAGCUCAGGCAUUGUACCGAUGAGCGCGAGCAAGAGACUGAGAACUAACCCGCCGAAUCAGGGGGCUGAUGCAGGUGAAUCGGGGAUACUCAACCAGCGUAUACUCCUGCUUGUCUUCGAGUCCAUAAAAUGGGACCUUCACGCUCUCUGUGCCACGGCCUCCGUGAACCAUAAGCUCCGUGCCAUAGCCAAACGGUUGCUAUGGCGGGAGUUGUGUGUGUAUCGCGCACCGCGCAUGUUAGCAGCAUUGACAGAUGGUGUGCCCAAUGCUCUCUUCGGAGACAGUUGGAGGGCGCUUGCAAAGCUCAUGUUCUACUGUUGCGGUUGCGAGUCAACUCGAAACUUUAAACUGAGCCAACCCUCUCCAGGUCAUUUCGUCAAAAGUUCUCGGUUUUCUAAAACUUCGGGUCGGAGUUUUCUAAGCAAGAAAUGUCGGGACGAUUUGCUGUUCGUGAGCGACCCGUGUGAGCAUCCAACGGGAGAUAAUGAAGAUGAUUUGGGUAUUUACAGAGGGGUAUUUCGGGGAUUUAUGAAAUCAAGAACGAGGGAAUGCUUGAUCAGACGGCAGGUAGAGCUAGAGAAAAGAUUGCGGUGCCCUUAUUGUGGGUUUCGCGUAUGGAAUAUGACUUCAGCUCGGCUGGUGCCGAAGAGCGCGGCUAGGCGGCUUGGAUCAAGCGAGGGCGGGUUAGAGUAUUUUGUGUGUUUAAAUGGGCACUUGUACGGUACAUGUUGGCUUGUGCCGCUGUCUUCCGACGAAGAUAAUGGUGCAGCUGCAGAUGACGACAAGGACGACGACGAAGAUUCUAGUGAUGAUGAUCUGGACGACGACGGAAGGCAGUUGGAGCUCGAUGGGUGAAGAGGUUGCAGGGCAAUGACCCACGAAUUGCCCAUAGCUUUGGCCCAUAUUGCUUUUGUAGUAGUAAAGAUUAUGCUGACAUGGAUUUUUUUGGCGCUCUCUCUUUUCUGUAGCGGGAUAUUUCUCUUUUUCUAAUUUCUUUUGUAUUUUUUACUUAUGGCCCACGCAUGUGAAAGUGAAGUUCUUUUCGUUGGCAAUGUAGAUAUGCACUUUGUUUUUUCUUAAUGUGAUUUUUAUAAUCAAUAUUAA